GAACAGGAUGUGGAACCUGUAUAACCGCCAUGUUUAUGCUAUGAUGAAUAUUAUGGCCCAUGCCUUGAAUGCUGCUUAUUCCUCCAUAUUCAAGAGGAGAAGGAAAGAGCAAGAAGAGAGGGUGGGGACUCAAAGGCUGAAGCCAUGGCAGUUCCAUUCAUUUUUGAAGAAGAAUGAGUUUUGUAAUCUUUCCCACAUUAAAAUAUACUUGGACCAAAAUGGUGAUGUGGCAGCAGAUCUGGACAUCGUAAGCUUGAUAGUUCUCUCCAGGGAGGAUCUCAUUAAAGAGCAACUAGGGGUUUUUAUAAGACAGAGACUUACUAUCGAUCAAGAUGCUAUUUCACAACUAAAGCUGAUCAACAAGUCUCUGCCUCAGUCCAGAUGUGUGGAAAAUUGUCAUCCUGGAUUGUUCAAGCAGGCUCGAGAAGGAGAGCCAGUUUGCUGCUAUGACUGUGUUCCUUGCCCAGAAGGGACUAUCUCCACUCUGGAAGGUGGGUCACACCAGAGGAAAGGGUGCUAGAUUCAUCUAGAGCGUUUUGAUCCAUGUGCAUUUUAAAAAAGACAUGUCGACGGUUGAUUGUUUUGUGGUUCUUAAUUUUCAAGGUGCCUAAUUUCUUCCAAAAUGGGAGGGAUAAGAAAAAGAUCUUGAGUGAUGAGGUAGGAAGAGAUAGAAGGACACGGUGGAUUGUGCAAGAUCACCUUAAAAGAGGGUGAAAAUUUGGGUGCAUUUUAUACACUGAAUAUAGUCCUACUGAAAAAAGCCUCUGAAACCUCCAUUUGAGAGGCUGAAAAAAAGGCAAGAAAAGGCAAAAAAAAAAAAAGAAAGAAAGAAAGAAAGA